UUCACAAUUGUAUCGUGCUACAAUUCUACCAUACAAAGAAAUAAUAAUUACUAUCACUCACAAACAAAUUAUAUCAACGCUUGAUUAUACUGUAUCACGACUCUCAGAGGUGAAACAAGUCAUCAGAAAAUACUCUUAUAUGUGUAGUAAAUUAUCGUGCUAGGCCGUAUUUGAUACUAUAGGAAUAUUUCCAUAUACACGUAUGUUUCAAAGUCUAGAGCUAUAUGCCGCUCUGCUGGUAGAGGGAUGCCUUUGGUAAGUCCAUGGGUAAGUCAUACACUUGUUUGUUUACAUUCUCAUAUGGCACCAGUCUCUCAUACAAUACUGUACUUGAUAUAUACUUAGUAUUGCAUAUGUCAAUUAAUACGUCAUUACAAUAACGUAAAAUAAUAGCUAAAGUAAGGAGGAUAUGAUGCUUUGCUGGCUGCAGUCUAGACAAAGCUCAGACAGAGCAGUGAGUUCAAAAAACCAGUGCCCUGGUCCGAAUGAGAACAAUGGAGACCCAUUGCGUACGUCGACACCAUCGAUUCUAUCAGAAUUAGAAAGUGCCGAAGUUGGAGAAAUUACAGAAACACCAGAUUAUGAAAAUCUCAGCAUUUCAGCUGUCCUACAUUAUUGCAAAUGCAAAAUAUUACGUCCCUAUUUAAGACUGCUCGGUGUAAUGGGAUUGAGACCAACAAGUGGAGAUGAUACAGAGAGCUCGUCUUGUUAUUCAAUUUUUGCCAAUUUACACACCUGUCAAGUUAUUAUAUUUAUGUGCAUUGGAUAUGUUCUUCAGUAUAUGGCUUGUUUUAGGCGCGAUCGUGGGUUUUGCUAUACAUUGAUGCGAAUUGAUUAUGAGCUAGUAUCGAAUGCUACCAAGGAGUUACAGUACGAAAGAAUAUGUUACGGAAAUAUAGCAUUCAGCUACGCGAUACCAAGUAUUCUUCAUCUCAGUGCAUAUUUGUAUGCAGUUUAUUUAUUUAGAAUACGGGAGAACGAGCAGCUUCAAAACUUGAUGGAAAGAACUUUUCUCAUGUCUUCAAACCCAUCAGAUCGUGGGAGUCAGAGGAGAUUAGUUAGAAUACUCUGGUUGUUCAUUGUGCUGAGCAUUGUAUGGAUGAUCAUAGCUCUGAUCACUGUGAACAUAAUGAUGGCGAAAGGAAUCAUUGUAUUUCAAUGGCUUGAGUCUAGUCCGGACCAGUUGAAGACUGUUUUAAAAUUUGUACUGAUCAUUUGUACCCUAUGGCACGAUAUGGUUCAAGGAACGAUUAUAACAAGUUAUUGCUUGCAAGGACAACUAUUAACAUCACAUCUAUACUUUCUACGAGCCAAGUUGCUCCAACAUAUAUUGGCUCCGUUAGAUUGGAUGAAGGAGAUUAGUGAGUUUAAAAAAUUAUUGAAAUAUUUCAACGAUGAUUUUGGUCCGACAGUAUGCAUAUAUACUGUGGUAAAUUUUUCGUGGGCUGCAGCUGGUAUUUUGUGGCUACUGAAAUACGAUAAUAUAGAUGUACAAACCAGUCCAAUUAUUUACAUUAGUAUUAUAAACGUGUCUUUGUGGGUCGUAAUAUCAUUAGCCCCUUUCAUACAGGCAGCACGAUUAACUUCAGCAUGUUCAACUAUUCAAGGAAUUGGGCAUGAAAUUCGUGUACGUCCAUUCGUGUAUCAGGACACACCAGGAUCGGAUUUGGACACGAUUCUACUAUAUGCAUCUUCAUUAAAUAUGUGCGCUAGAUUAUUCACAGUACCUAUAACUGGCAGGUAUUUGUGUUUGGUAUUAACUGUUGGGAGUAUUGUUAUCUUGACCCUAGGGCAGUGCCAUUUUUUAUCCAGCUUAUAAAAUUCCAACUGAAAAUGUGUUGAGAGGUUCAAGUUUUCAACGUAGUAUAAUAAAUACAUCAGAAAGAAUUGUGGCCAGAAAAAGAAGAGAAAAUGAGUGUAAAAUUUGUUAUAUGAGUAUUAAUUUCCUUUUAAUUUACUGUUCUGAAAAUUCUUAGUGUUAAAGUCAUUUAGUUUUGUGUUCAUAUUUUAUUGCAUUAACAUUGGGAAUUUCAACUUUACAAUAUAUUAAAUAAAAUAGAUCAGGUAGAUAAAUUGAUUUGUGUCAUUAUUAUUUAUACACUAU